CAUCCAGCCCUGCCUCAACAUAGGAAGUCAAGCACGCACACUAACAUUAACAGACCAUUUACAGUUAACAAGAUACAAUGAGCGAAAUAAAACAAACAGAAGUGGCUUCAACUGACAAAAAGGAAGCUGCAGGAGAGGAAAAGGACUGGGCAGCUGCUAAAGCGCACUUUGAAAACUUAAAAUCAACAAAACCGAGACCCCCCAAGCCGAAAUAUGCAGUUACUAUCGCAGUUUCUUCCCGCACCUUGUUUGAUAUGGUGGCAGAAAGGAAGAUAUUUGAGGAAGAAGGACUGGAGAAGUAUGUUCAACAUCAGCAAGAGCACGAGAACGAGCCACUGGAACAAGGACCUGCUUUCCCUUUCGUUAAAGCUGUAAUGGCUGUAAAUGAACGGCUGAGGAAUCUCUAUCCAGACAGUGAAGAGCUGUUUGACAUUGUUCUCAUGACCAAUAAUCACGCCCAAGUUGGGGUGCGACUCAUGAACAGCAUAAAUCACUAUGAUCUGACGAUAGAGCGAUUCUGCAUGACUGGAGGUCAAAGCCCAAUUGGCUACCUCAAGGCCUACAUGACUAACCUGUAUCUCUCCAAAGACGCCAAAAAAGUUCAGGAGGCCAUUGAGGAGGGAAUAGCAGCAGCCAUCAUGUUUAAGCCUGAUGUGGAGUCUCAGCUGUCUGAGACUCAGCUGCGCGUGGCUUUCGAUGGAGAUGCUGUGCUCUUCUCUGAUGAGUCGGAGAUCAUAGUGAAACAGCACGGCCUGGACACAUUCUUUGAGCAUGAAAAACAACACGAGAAUAAACCUCUCGCACAGGGUCCCCUUAAGUGCUUUCUGGAGGCUCUAGGGAAGCUCCAGAAGAAAUUCUACGCCAAAAACGAGCGACUGAACUGCCCUAUCCGCACCUUCUUGGUGACGGCCAGAAGCGCGGCCAGCUCUGGGGUCCGUGUGCUUAAGACACUCAGAAGCUGGGGCCUGGAGAUCGAUGAGGCGUUGUUCCUUGCUGGGGCCCCUAAAGGGCCCCUGCUGCAGAAGAUUCGCCCGCAUAUAUUCUUUGACGACCAGAUGUUCCACAUUGAGGGUGCCAAGGAGAUGGGCACUAUUUCUGCCCACGUGCCAUAUGGGAUAGGACAGAAAUAUAACAAAGGGAAGCUGAUUGAACCAGAAAAGCAGCAGAAAUAAGAGAUCGUGAUGAUGUUACAGGUCAGCCACUAAGGGAGUUCAUUAUAUAGCUUAUAUUGUUUAGAUGAAGACAUCUUUCUCUUGCUUUACGAUGCAAACAUGUCAUAGGAACUGCUGUGUAGAAGUAUGUUUUCUGAACAUACAUAUUUUUUCUCGCACAAAAACUUUGCUAAUGAAAUUGUUUUAUUAGCAAUAAUGCUGGAAAAUUCUUUUUAGUUUAUUGGACAUAUCACAGGCUUACUGUUUAGUGAUUUGAUACAUUUUUAACUUUUAUCAUACAGUAGAUCUAUCUAUCUAUCUAUCUAUCUAUCGUCUUUAUAUAGAUGCUAUAUUUAUAAGGAAUAUUUUGAGGAGAUUUGUUUUUUAUGGGGUUCAUAUAACAAGA